AUGGAUGACAAUCAUUGGCAAUUUGUAGACAAUACACCACAGAAUAAUCAGCGUAAACGUCUGAGUCGUCGUUGUAUUAUAAUCAUUUGUAUUAUUGUUAUUAUCGUCAUAAUUCUGGCAAUUCUUCUUCCUCUAUUAUUUAAGUUUGUCAUUUUUAAACCCAAGACUUCAGGAACUACCACUGAGACAACAACAACAACAACAACAACAACAACAACAACAACAACAACAGAAGCAUCAUUCACCGGAGUAUCAACAUCAUCGGUAAUAGCAAAUAUCACAUCUACUACAGCAAUAACUACUACUUCGCGACCAGGUAAUGUAUAA